AUGCCACAUAACCUAGUAGACCGCGGUGUUGCGUAUAUCAACGCGGCAUACAAUGGCAAUAAUGAGCCGUGGUUGCAAGAACUCACGAAAGUCUUUUUGGAAGAUUUCCCUCGCACCACGCUUGAUCGACGUUUUACUUCUGAAGCUCGCUAUGAAGAAAGCGUCAGCUUGUUGAGAAAAGAAUUAGAAAAGUGGAUGGAUGCACGCGGAGGAAGGACUGCCAAGGCUUAUAGCGAGGAAUCCAAAAAUCGUUCCGAUAGUUCUAAACCCGCAGAUGUCAUGGAGACGAUGGAGACAAAGGAUACAACUCAUAGCGAGAGAGGAUCUCAGAGUGACGGUGAUCAAAUUACUGCUAACAAACUUAUUCCGCAGUAA